GUACUCAAUAGAAUGUCAGUGGUCGGUGCCAUAGCACUUGUACAGGGCGCAAGCCGCGGAAUCGGGCUUCAGUUCUGCAAAACCUUAUUGCUCCGCAACUCUGCAACAACAGUGGUAGCAACAUGUCGAGACACAAACUCAUCAAGCGAGCUAGCGCAACUGAAGGGCAACAAUGAUCGCCUCCAUGUUUGCAAGUUAGAUGUCACGAAGGAAAAUGAUAUUGCGGACGUUUCUAAAUAUGUAACAGAAAAGUUUGGUAAAUUAGAUUUGCUUAUCAACUGUGCAGGGAUGUUGCAUCCGAGUGGAAAAGGGGAGACAAGUCUUAAGAGUGUUGAUGGAGAGGAUUUGAUUCGCACGCUGCACACGAAUGCAGUUGGUCCACUGAUGAUGGCGAAGAUGUUCAGUCCACUACUGCUGAAUGGCAGUGGUCAGUUUGGUGUCUUGUCCUCUGACCCCCAGGCCGCCCACUGUGGUGUCAUCGCCAAUAUGUCGGCUAAAGUCGGCUCCAUCACAGACAAUGGUCUUGGAGGUUGGUACAGCUACAGAAUGUCUAAAGCAGCCCUUAAUAUGGCCACCAGAAACCUUGGUAUAGAAUUUGGACGAGGACGGAAGAGAAUCAUCUGUGUAUCGCUUCAUCCGGGCACCGUCGAUACCGACUUGUCCAGACCCUAUCACAAAAACGUACCCAAUUUAUUCACCACUGAAUACUCAGUUAACUGUUUGUUAAAAGUUAUAGAUUCAUUAACUGUGGAGGACUCUGGAAAAUUCUUCACUUAUGACAGGACUGUGUUGCCUUAUUAAAUUUAGCAGUAAAAAUGUUU